AUGGAAGAUUAUCUUAAUGGCAUAGAUAAAAAUAUGUGGAAGUCUAUCAAAGAUGGAAAUUAUCGUGAAUAUUUGGUUGAGAAUAUUGGUACUGUUGGAACAGAUGUAGACAUGGUUACUCGAGCAAACACCAGGAAGGCUUGUGAUAAGAAAGCUCUUCGUGAAUUGAGAGGUGCUCUUCCUCCUUUCGUCUACAACUACAAAGAAAACAAAAACAUUGAAGCUUAUAAUGACAGAAUGAAUGAUCUGAUUUUAAGAUGCAAUCGAUAUGGGAUAAUGGAAAUUGCUGAAGAAAACAAGUUGAACUAUGGUGGUCCAAUGGCGUUGGUGUCGAAAGAAAAUGUGAAGGAAGAUGAAGAAGGAUUUCUAAUCAAUUCUGAUGAUGAAGCUGUUUCUUAUUACUCUAAUAAUAGAGUGAAGAAUUUUCUCAAGAAACCAAUCAGUGGAGGUUUUAAGAACAAUCUUGAAAAGAAGCAAGUGUCGAAUGCUGGUGGAAGUCAGAAUGAUUACAUGUUGCAAAAGAUGGAAGAGAAGAAAGAGAAGGUGAAAGAUAAGGCGUAUUAUGCAAAGAAAUUGGAAGAAGUUUGUGCUCCAACGAAAAAUCUUUCACUUGUGGCCAGAAGAGGUGAUGAAAAUAAUGGAACAUAUCAAAUUUGGUCAUUUAAAUAUGAUGACGAAGAGAUACAUAAUCCUACACACGGGGUGUUGUAUGAAGGGUAUAAAGAAGGAGAAGUUGAUGAAGAUUUGGUGGAGUAUGCAAAAGCCCAAGAGGAAAGUGAUGAAGAAGAUGAGAAGAUGAUUGGGAGAUGUUUUGUAUCAACAAGUCCAAAAUCUCCAUUGACUGUAAAGGUAUGUGAUCUUCUAGUCUCAUUUAAUAUUCCUUCGAAUUCUUAUCAUUCUAUCUUAUGUGAAUUUGAUGAAACUUAUUCUUACAUAAAUGACUUACUUGUUUCAAUGACUAGCGAGGCAGAAAAUUCUAAGGCGUUCUUGUAUGAAGCUAGUAAUAGGAUUGAAGAGAAGAAAACUAAAAUCAAAAGUUUUGAGCUUUAUGUUAAAAAUAUUAUGUGUGAUAAGGACAGACUUAGGAUGGAUAAUAAGAUGCUAAUUAAAUAA